CUUAGAUCUGCUGCUAAAACAGGACCAAUGAAGAUGUUCACCAGGCUCCAAGUCCUUGCGUUAGCUUUGUUUUCCAAAGGAGUUUUCCUUUCCCUAAGCGACCACAGCUUUGUAAGGAAGGAAAUUAAGAUAGAAGGAGACCUUGUAUUGGGUGGCUUAUUUCCAGUCAAUGAAAAAGGCACUGGAAUUGAAGAAUGUGGGAGAAUCAAUGAAGACCGAGGCAUCCAGCGCUUGGAGGCCAUGUUGUUUGCCAUUGAUGAAAUCAACAAAGACAACUACUUGCUUCCAGGAAUUAAACUUGGAGUUCACAUCUUGGACACAUGUUCCAGGGAUACAUAUGCCUUAGAACAGUCUCUGGAGUUUGUCAGGGCAUCUUUAACUAAAGUGGAUGAAACUGAGUAUAUGUGCCCUGAUGGCUCAUAUGCCAUUCAAGAGAAUUUACCAUUACUCAUUGCAGGAGUCAUAGGUGGUUCCUAUAGCAGCGUUUCCAUACAGGUGGCAAAUUUGCUCAGACUCUUCCAGAUCCCUCAGAUAAGCUAUGCCUCCACCAGUGCCAAGCUGAGUGACAAAUCCCGCUACGACUACUUUGCACGGACAGUGCCCCCUGACUUCUACCAGGCAAAAGCCAUGGCUGAAAUCCUACGGUACUUCAACUGGACUUACGUGUCAACGGUUGCCUCGGAAGGAGACUAUGGGGAGACAGGGAUCGAAGCCUUUGAGCAGGAAGCUCGCCUCCGCAACAUCUGCAUCGCCACCUCUGAGAAAGUAGGUCGGUCCAACAUCAGGAAGUCCUAUGAUGGUGUGAUCAGAGAACUGCUCCAGAAACCCAAUGCCAGAGUGGUGGUGCUCUUCAUGCGAGGCGAUGACUCACGGGAGCUGAUCGCAGCUGCCAACCGCUUCAACGUUUCCUUUACCUGGAUUGCAAGCGAUGGGUGGGGAGCGCAAGAGAGUAUUGUCAAGGGCAAUGAGCACAUAGCUUCUGGGGCGAUAACCCUGGAACUUGCUUCUCACCCAGUCAAAGAGUUUGACACGUAUUUCCAAAGCCUCAGCCCUUUCAAUAACAGACGUAACCCCUGGUUCAAGGACUUCUGGGAGCAAAAAUUCCAGUGUAAUCUCCAGAACAGAAAACCACAUAAAAAGGCCUGUGAGAAGCACUUCACUAUCAACAGUUCCAACUAUGAGCAAGAAUCCAAGAUCAUGUUUGUUGUAAAUGCAGUGUAUGCAAUGGCUCAUGCCUUGCAUAAAAUGCAGAGGACUCUGUGUCCAAACACCACCAAACUCUGUGAUGCCAUGAAGCAUUUGGAUGGCAGGAAGUUGUACAAAGAUUAUCUCCUGAAAGUAAAUUUUACAGCUCCAUUCAACCCUCCCAAUGCUGCGGACAAUAUGGUAAAAUUUGAUGCCUAUGGAGACGGGAUAGGACGAUACAACGUGUUCAAUUUCCAGUACACUGGAGGCAGAUACUCUUAUGUGAAGGUUGGUCAAUGGGCUGAAACCUUGUCACUUGAGGUUGACUCUAUCCAUUGGUCCAGGAGCUCCAUCCCUGUCUCCCAGUGCAGUGACCCCUGUGCUCCUAAUGAGAUGAAGAAUAUGCAACCAGGAGAUGUCUGCUGUUGGAUUUGUAUUCCCUGUGAAACCUAUGAGUACCUAGCUGAUGAAUUCACUUGUGCAGACUGUGGACCCGGAAAAUGGCCCACAGCUGACCUGACUGGCUGUUAUGACCUACCAGAAGACUACAUCAAGUGGGAAGAUGCUUGGGCAAUAGGUCCUGUUACAAUCGCAUGCCUGGGCUUUAUUUGCACUUUUAUGGUAAUUGCAGUGUUCAUCAAGCACAACAACACCCCCUUGGUCAAAGCUUCCGGUCGUGAACUGUGCUACAUAUUGCUCUUUGGGGUCUUCCUCUCUUACAGCAUGACUUUCUUCUUCAUAGCCAAGCCUUCUCCAGCUAUCUGCACUCUGCGUCGUUUGGGGCUAGGAAGUUCCUUUGCUGUCUGCUACUCUGCCCUUCUGACAAAAACGAACUGCAUAGCCAGAAUAUUUGAUGGUGUAAAGAAUGGUGCUCAAAGGCCCAAGUUCAUCAGUCCCAGUUCUCAGGUCUUCAUCUGCCUGAGUCUCAUUUUGGUACAGAUUGUGGUGGUGUCCGUGUGGCUUAUCUUGGAGGCCCCUGGCACCAGGCGGUACACUCUUCCUGAGAAGAGAGAGACUGUCAUAUUGAAAUGCAAUGUCAAAGAUUCCAGUAUGUUAAUCUCCUUAACAUAUGAUGUAGUCCUCGUGGUCUUAUGCACUGUAUACGCCUUCAAAACAAGGAAAUGUCCAGAGAACUUCAACGAAGCCAAGUUUAUCGGUUUCACAAUGUACACAACGUGCAUCAUUUGGCUGGCCUUUCUCCCCAUAUUCUAUGUGACAUCCAGUGACUACAGAGUGCAAACCACCACCAUGUGCAUCUCUGUGAGUCUGAGCGGCUUCGUUGUGCUGGGCUGCUUGUUCGCACCCAAGGUGCACAUCAUCCUCUUCCAGCCCCAGAAGAAUGUGGUCACCCACAGACUCCAUCUCAACAGGUUCAGCGUCAGUGGGACGGGGACCAAUUACUCCCAGUCAUCUGCCAGUAUGUAUGUACCGACAGUCUGCAAUGGAAGGGAAGUUCUGGACUCCACCACUUCAUCUCUGUGA